AUGAUGACCAAGCCUUACGGGAAGCCAGGAGAUGUGGCUGAGCUGGUGAGCUCUCUGGGCUGGAUGGAUGAAGACAUGAGUUCCCAGGACGGGGAGGAGGUGGGGCACUUUGCGCUGGACAGGUGUGGGCGGAGCAACAGGGAGUUGGGGAGUGAGGAUAUGGAGGAGGAAGAAGAGGAGGAGGAGGAGGACGGGGGCGUGGAGGGAGAGAGGGCGCCCAAGCGGCGGGGUCCCAAGAAGAAGAAGAUGACCAAGGCCAGGCUGGAGAGGUUCCGCGCCCGGCGGGUGAAGGCCAACGCUCGCGAGCGCUCACGCAUGCACGGGCUGAACGAUGCCCUGGAGAACCUGCGCAGCGUCAUGCCCUGCUACUCCAAGACCCAGAAGCUGUCCAAGAUCGAGACCCUGCGACUGGCCCGCAACUACAUCUGGGCCCUGUCGGAGGUGCUGGAGGGCAGCCAGUCCACCGAGAGCCGUGGCUUUGUGGAGAUGCUCUGCAAGGGGCUCUCGCAGCCCACCAGCAACCUGGUGGCUGGGUGCCUGCAGCUAGGGCCGGCGUCCAUGCUGCUGGACAAGCUGGAUGAGAAGUGUGGGGGUCUGGCGGGGGUCGUGGGGGGUGGACCGCAGGGGCACCCGCUCAGCUACCCCUCUCCCGGCCUGCCCAGCCCUCCCUACGGCUCCGUGGAGGCUUCUCACCUCCUGCAGGUGAAGAGCUUCAAGGGCGCUGCCUAUGAGACCCCCUCGCCGAUCGAGGGUGGCGCCGGCACACCCCCUUACGAGGGGCCUCUGACGCCCCCCCUCAGCAUCAGCGGCAACUUCGCCCUGAAGCAAGAGCCCUCGCCUCAUGAGGGGGAGAGGAACUACACCGUCUGCCCCACCCAGGGAGUCCACGGUGCCCAUUACCUCCCCUCCCAUCACUACACGCCCUCUCCCCUGGGGCUCCCGGGCCACCAGGCCCACACUGUCUUCCAGGCAUCCCGCUACGAGCUGCCCCUGGACACGCCCUUUGACUCCUUCGCCCCGGCCCAUAUAAGCACACAGAUGAGCACCAUUUACAACGAGUGA